AGUUCGCAACCGUGUGCCGAUAGUGAGGAAGUGCUGCUGUGUGAAUUAAGAAGUAGCUGUUUCUUUUAAUUGUGUGUGCAAUAUCAUCAUGUGGCUGAUCAAAUCAGCUGCGGUGUGCCUCGUUCUGGCCCUGCUGGCUCACACCGGCCACAGCCAGCAAACUACGGCCAAGGUUCUGUGUUAUUACGAUGGAGCCAACUUCCUGAUCGAAGGUCUCGGCAAAGUUUCCCUGACUGACAUCGAAGCGGCCCUGCCCUUCUGUACCCAUCUGGUGUACGGCUUCGCCGCUGUCGACCCGGAUUCCAACAAAGCCGUGAGCCGUAAUGCCAACCUAGAUCUGGACACCGGCAAGGGCAACUACCGCCUGGUCACCGCCCUCAAACGCAAAUUCCCCGGCCUCAAGGUCCUGCUGGGAAUCGGUGGCUAUCGUUUCUCGGCCGCUUCUCCAAAGUACCUGGAACUGCUGGAAUCCGGAGCCGCUCGCAUCACCUUCAUCAACAGUGUCUACUCGAUUGUGAAGACGUACGAUUUCGAUGGUAUCGAUCUGGCCUGGCAGUUCCCACAGAACAAACCCAAGAAGAUCCGCUCCUCCCCUGGCAAACUGUGGCAUGGAUUCAAGAAAGUCUUCUCCGGCGAUAGCGCCUUGGAUGAGAAGGUCGACGAACACCGCGAGGAAUUUACUGCUUUGUUGCGUGAAAUGAAGAAUGCCUUCCGCUCGGAUGGAUAUCAGUUGGGAAUUACCGUUCUGCCACACGUGAAUGCUUCCAUGUUCAUGGACAUUCCAGCCAUUGUCAACUAUCUGGACUUUGUUAACAUUGAGGCCUACGAUAUGCAAACCCCCGAACGUAACAAGAAGGAAGCUGACUUCUAUGCUCCGAUCUAUGAACUCACCGACCGCGUGCCCGGAAACAAUGUCGAUGGAUUGGUCAAGCUCUGGUUGAACAACCACGCUCCGGCAUCGAAGCUCAUCGUGAGCAUCCCAACUCACGGCCGUGGAUGGAAGAUGAACGAAGAUUCGGGCCUGACCGGAGUUCCUCCUCUGCCGGCAGAUGGUGCUGCCCCAGCUGGUCCCCAACUGCAGCAGGAAGGAUUCUACUCAUGGGCUGAAACGUGUGCCAAGCUGCCCAACCCAAGUAACACCGCUCUGAAGGGUGCCGAUGGUCCACUGCGCAAGGUGGGAGAUCCCACGAAGCGAUUUGGCUCUUAUGCGUACCGUUUGCCCGACAGCAGCGGUGAGCAUGGAAUUUGGGUUAGUUAUGAGGAUCCGGAGUCCGCUGGCAACAAGGCUGCCUAUGUGAAGGCCAAGGGAUUGGGCGGCAUUGCGCUCAACGAUUUGGCUUUUGACGAUUUCCGGGGAAGCUGUGCCGGUGAAAAGUACCCGAUUUUGAGGGCUGCUAAGUAUAGGCUAUAAGGUGAGACGUGAAUGACCAGUAAUUGACAUGUUUUGUAAGAGUUGAUCUUGAUUGAGCAAUAAAGUUUGUUGUUUUGAG